AUGGUGGCUGUCGUCCUGGGGGAUAGCCUUGUAGAGGGGAAGGAACUCUCAAAUUUGAAGCCUCGAAGAGUGUACCAGGAUGGCAACGGCACCAUGGUGUCGGCUCAGCCUAAAUCUGGCCCAGCUCAAACCGGACCACGGGCCAGCGAAAGCGCCUCAUCAGAUGGUGGCUGCGGGCUCGAGGUCGGAGUGGGUUGCGUCAGAGGAGGGAGGGCCGAUAGUGUGGUGGUUGCCGUCUUGAAAUGCACGAGUCCAGCGGAGGUGGAGAAGGAUGGACCACGUCAGAGUACUAUCGCUGUCGGUGAGAGGGUCACCGACGGUCAAGAGAAUGAUGGACCAUGGGUCCAUCCUGUGCGAUGCCGAAUACCCAGAGCAUCAGGGUGGACGAGAAGGAAGCUGGUGAAGGCGUUGUCGACCGACAUCGCCUUCACAGCACGCUGA